GCAUCAUCAUGAGAUUUCAGCAGCGGGAUGGAAUGCAUGGCCAGCAGGUCAACGUACAACUCACCCACACACACGCGACAUGGGCACACACUCGUGAGCAUUGUGUUGGCUGCGGCUGAAUUGAAAGCAGUCCCGUCCUGUCCACUUGGCAGGGAGGAUGGCCUUGUUUGACCGGAGAGCUGAUUCACCCACUCAUACAUGCAGGCAGGCAGGCAGGCAGGCGGGAAGGACAGCCAGCAGUCUCCUCCCCUCUCAAAAAUCCAUCCACGCCAUGAAGACAGGCAGGCAACCAGGCACGAAGACAUGCACAGGUGGGUAUCACAUCGACGGGUGCGAUUUCUACCCCAACAGGGCCUUGACGACCGUAUUCACCUGCACACCGCCACAGCAAACACGUCCGAUGGGAUGGAUGACAUAGGCAGAAGCGCCCUGAAGAGGAGGGUAGCUUGGCUUGGCUUACAUUGAGUUUGCGCAGGUGAGUGUAUUUCUGCCCCGUGCCGACGAAGAUGACAGGCUGGCCGGUGAUAUACACCAUCGACAACGCCGCACCAACCUAAUUAAACUCACACGCACGAGGAUUGUGGACGUCAUGUCACGCAAGUGGGAUCGAUGUGUUGUUGGCCAGGCGGUGGUAGGGUACCUUACCUUAUCAUCGACUGUGUCGAAUUUAGUGAGUAGGAUUCCAUCGAUGGUGCGGACCUUCGAUGUCUGCAACGCAACGCAAACCAGAGAAGACAGCCCAGUGUGCCAUACUCGUGCAGUGCAGUGCAGCCGAGUGUGUGGUUCUCCUUGGCCUCUACUGACAUGGGACAUAUCCACAAGGCACUGAUUGAACUUCUGCAGCUGGUCUACGGCAUCGUUGCCGACGAGAGCCUCACCUACACACACGCGCGUGGAGUGCAGGUCAGGUGUGUGGUCUGGGGUGAGUCUUCUGGCCGGUUAGGUUGUGUUGUAUUGUGUUGAAAUCACUGACUGACCGACGAAUAGGAUGAGGUUGGGGUUGUUGACGGCCACGAGUUUGGCGAGGGCUCUCAUGAGGGGUUCGUUGUCCUGCAUCCGACCCGCCGUGUCAAUCAGCACCACAUCGUAUCCCUCAUUGCCAGCCUGCCGGUCAGGGCCCGUCACACACAGGGGGGGUGCAGUGAGGGCAUCAAGUAACUAAGUGGACUGCUUCCUCGUGUACGCCGUGUCGUGUGCGCGAACCGUUUGUAUGGCUUCCUUUGCGAUGAAUGCGGCAUCCUUGCCGUAACCGCGCUCGAACAAGUCCACCUCCAAACAACUGAUUUCACAUCACAGUCAGAGAGGGAAACGGCGUGUUCUUGUCACCUCCUCCCUCGUGUGUACUAGACAUAAUCUCUUACCGUGCGUGUGUGCGGAGCUGUUCGACGGCCCCCGCUCUGAAUGUGUCACAGGCUGCGAUCAUGACCUUCAGCCCGCCCUUCUGCAGAUACCAUUCGAAGAUGCAGUCAGUGACACGUACAGAGACAAAUACGGCCAGAUGCACUCACUGCUGACCGUGUGUCCGCCUGGUCUGUCUGCAUGUGUGUGUGUAAAGGUACGUACGUGUUUGAGGUAGUAGCAGACUUUGGCAAGGUUGGUCGACUUGCCCACACCAUUCACACCCUGCACAGGAAGCAGGCAAGGAAGCAAGGAAGGAUCGUGACACACGAGGAGGGAGGGAGGGAGGCAGGCAGGUCCUGGCCGCGUGUGGGCCGGGCCGGCUGCUGUGUGUACUCUACCAUCCCCCUGGAUUACUGACCAGAAAUACGAUCGAGUACACCCGGCCCUGUGCCUUGGCCUCCAACGCGGCACGCAACACAUCCACCGACCUUCACAAAACAAACGACACACCAGAGGCACGAUCAGUGCAGGUCAGGUCGAUUAUAGCCACCCGUUUCUUUCGUCUCUGGUUAAUUACUUUUUGGGCGUCAGGAUGCGCUGCACGGCCUCGGUGAGUGCCUUCUUGACGGUGGCUCGCACAGUGGUGAAUCUCUCGGUGCGCUGGCCGAUGAGUGAGGUCUUGACGGACUGUGCGAGUUUCUCAGCGAUGUCAGUGGCGACGUUCUUGGCCAUGAGGUUGGUCUUGAAGUCCACCAACACCGUAUUGAUGUCCUCGUCCGUCAACACCUUGUUGCCUGCAGUGCACAAGGCAGCAGGGGAGCAGAGCGAUGGAUGGUGCGAUGCAGUCAAGCACUGAGUGUGGGUGGAUGGGCGGCUGGAUGGAUGGGGGUGUGCGUACCGGUAAUGUUUUGCACCGAGUCCGUGAGUCGCUUGAAGAGGCCGCCGAUGGCGCCUGACGCCGCCUUGGUGCCGCUGUCGCCCUCCUCCUCUUCCUCCUCGUCAGAGGCAAGGGGAUCUGGGCGAACCACACAUACACACGAGGGAAAGCAUUCGUAUGCACAUGUGCAUGUGUUAGUGGGGUGUGUGUGUGUGUGUGUAUGUGUGUGUGUGUGGUUGAAUAUGUCUGACCGUCAUUGUCGUCUGCUUCGUCCAUUUCCAUUUCGGCGUCGUCGUCAAUGUAUGCGGAGCGGUCGACGGCCCCCACGGCCACCGGCUUGCCUGUGUCGACUCCCUCCUCGUCCUUGCCCUUGAGCGAGUAGUCCAGGGCCCGCAUGUUCUGACUCGUCACCUUCUGCUCGCUCCAGAACCGGGGGGCUUUCUGCACCACACCACACCACACCCAGCCCAGCGACACAAUCAAUCAAGGGGAGAAGGGGCAUAUCAUUCGUGCGCAGUGCUGCCGUGUGCUGCCGAAGUGUACGUCCGUUCGUUUGCGUGUGUCUUGUCUACCUUCUUGCCCUUCUUGCCCUCCUGCGGCGAGUCCCCCUCGCCCCCCUCCUGCCCCUUGUCCUGCUUGCCCGUGUCAGCAGACCCUGCAAUCCAAUCACACACGCACCACAGACAAACCAACCCAUAAUAAGGUGGGGUGGCCAUUGCAUUGCCGGGGGAAAUGCUCACCCUUCUUGCCCCCGCCCUUGAUGCGUGCCAUCAUUUUCUUGCGGUUCUCGGCCAUGAUGGCCUCCUUGCUCAUGCCGUCAGUGCCCUGCUGCUGCUUGUCAUCCCCGUGGUCGUCCCCCUUUCCCCCAUUGCCGUUGUGUGUGGUGCCGUCAUCGUCGUCGCCCUCCUCCUCCUCCUCCUCCUCACCUUUGGCGCCACCGCCACCGGCCUUCUUUUUGCUGUCCUUCUUGGUGGCCGCCUUGCCCUUCUUGGUCUCACAGAAACUACGCAUCACUGACCACGGGCAGACAGAAGAACAGCGGUGUGUUUCAUCGGCAUGUGUGUAACAGCUCUACGCACCUGUGGUCCUCUUGAUCUCCUUGGCCUUCGUUUCGCAGUCCUGGAGGAUCUUCAUGAACUUGGCCUCAAACGCAACCUUGCGGCAACUCAGAUUCACCUUGCCUGGCGGGUACACCGACACCCAUCAAAUCACACACAGGUCAGCCAGCCGCCCUAUGCCGCGUGUGCGUGUGUUUCGCUCGUGCGCUGGUUGCCUUGCCGCUCACCCCACCUCCGAUGUGUUCGAUGAAUGCGGUCUUGACGGAGUCGAGUAGUGCGUCGAUGUAGAGGAGGUUCUGGAUGCCCUGGUAGACGACCACAAACACCAGCUCCAGCUCGUUGACCAACUUCCACUUGACGUUGUAGGGAUCCAGACGCACCACACUCUCGCCAGUGCGCUCCUGUCAGUCAGUCAGUCAACAAUCACACAGAGGCUCACUCACCGGUGUCAUGUUCUUGCUGCAGUGUGCAGAUCUCUCUUCGUCUGGUGUGUGUUGGGUGGUCUUGUCUGUUCACUCACCUCAAGGAGGACGGUUUUGAUGAGCUGGUUGAUCGGGUCUCCUUUGAGCUUGAUGAAACAGUACGACCACAGCACCACACCGCCAUUCGUGAAGAUGGUGAUGGCGUCUAUCAUCCUCGCCCACAAUCCUCAACAGUCAACUGGCUAAUGACAGAUUAGCAGCGGUUCAGCCUUCGCUCCUUCGUUCCAGUUUCCCUUCAAGGCGUGCCUUUCCACUUCAAGCUCGCACCAGUUGCCAUCAAUCCCGAGCUGUGGCUUUUGCCCCUUCGGCUGGCACUCCGCCCCCCCAUCUGACGUUCUUCUGUCUCAAU